CUUUCACUCUCACGCUAUAUAAAUGGGCCUUACCGGUUCUAAUUUGGCUUAAGAUGGGCCAAGCAGCUCUUAAGUCAACGCUAAGUCAAUAGCCCAGAAAAAAAAUGACUCUCAUAUAUAAACAUAACUGUAUAAACAAACACGUGGCUAUUCUUAGUGCGCAUUUUAGGUGUUUAUUAUAGCGCUUAUCUUAGCAACGAGCGUAGAACGAUAAGACGAUUAGCCAGCGAGAAGGGCACAACCGCAAUCGGAGAUCGGAGACUAGCCGUUGAGAAUGGCCGGAAGAGACCGUUAUCUCCCGUCCUCCUCCUCCUUGAGAGUAUCGGAAUCUCAGCUCACCGAAUCCGAUAUGAACCGCACUCGAUCCGCCCUCCUCGAGGAGAAAAUCGCAGCUCAGCACCGCGAGAUCCAAUCCAUCCUGACGGACAACCAGAAGCUCGCAUUAGCGCACCUCGGAGUCAAGGAUCAGCUCAAUUUAGCCAAGCGUGAGCUCGCUCGGCUGCUCGAAGCCGCCGCGGCCGUCAAGUCCGAUACCGAAGCGAAGGUUCGCGAGGUUUACCAGAACUCGCUGAGGAUGGAGGCGGAGGCUCGUGUGGUUAACGGAAUCGGAGCUGAGCUUGAUCAGGUUAGGUCGGACGUGCAGAGGCUAGCUGAAGAUAGGCAGAAGCUAACGGCGGAGCUGGCGAUGCUUAACGGGGAGAUCGCUAAGGCUAAACCUAAUUCGGAUCGAGCCGUGGAGGUUAAGGCGGAGAUUGAGAGUCUUAGAGAGGAAGUUAGUAAAGGAAGAGCUGCUCUUGAUCUGGAGAAGAAGACGCGAGCGGGUAAUCUUCACCAUGAGCGUGGUAUGGAGAAGACUAUUGAUCACUUGAACCGUGAAAUUGUGAAACUUGAGGAAGAGUUGGCUGACUUGGAGACCAAAGCUAAAGCAGCUGCUGAAGCUGCUCAAACCCCAAGCCCUGGAUUGGUGGCAAGUUAUGGAAACUCAGAUGAUAUUUAUGGAAGCCAAGGUCACCAGUACCCUGAGGCGAAUGGUUCUCACCAGGUACAUGGAUCCCUGGACUGUCUUCCUCAACAACCGGCUAACAAUACACAACACUCUAGUGUACCGUGAUAGAGCUAGCUGGCGGAUUUGUGUUGUACAAUAAUUAAGCAGGUCUUAGAGGAAAAGUGAUUUAAACUGUGGCCAUAUGAUAAUCUCAACAAGUAUUGGGAAAAUUUGCCCUUUUGAAUGUGAAGGACGGGUGAUAUAAGAUGGAGUCUCGUCUCUCUUUCCUCAUAGCAAGACGAUUUCUAUGGCUGAGAGUGAGCAAAAGGGGAACAAGUCAGGUCUAUCACUUUUUUGGGGGCUAGAAGGUUAGUCAGUAAAGCUUUUUGUAUCUUCUAAUUUUCUUGAAUACCAUCUCAGUUGAGCUUCGGUUACAUACUUAAUUUCUACUAUGUUAAUACGGGUCUUUGCCUUUUCCAUUGAUCUGGCUAGCUAGGUUUUGUCAGUUUUUAUUUCUUCUAAUUCUUUGAUGAGUUUCAUUAGUUUUCUGUAUUAAAAAACCUGUUUCAUUUUUGGUAAAACUUACGGGCGUUGACUCUAUAGGCUUGUUCCCCUUUUGGUGUCUUAGUUAAUGUUAAAGCUUAAUGAUACAAAGUAGUGUGUGGUAAUGUUUAUCCUUGACGGAUCCAAAUAUGUUUUUGCAGGGAAAUCAGGUAAGAUUGUUAGUUUGUAUCCGACCAGAUAUAAAGUGUGUGCUCAUCAACACACCUAAGAUCUUCUAGGACAUUCAUGUUAAAAAAUACUCUUUCGUUAACCAUUGAGAAUUAGGUUUGUAUUGAAGGCAGUCUUUUUUUUGUCUGCAAGCACAAGCACAUGCACUGUCAUUGUUAAGUUAUACUUGCACGUUUAUCCUCGAACUCGCAUGCAUUGUUACUGUCGAUUAAUCUAUUGUUUGUUCUGAUCA